AUGGGCUCUGGGCGACUCUGCCUCGUGGAUGAAAAUCAACUAAACAUGGGCAAAGGAGAUCCUAAAAAGCUGAGAGGCAAAAUGUCCUCAUAUGCAUUCUUUGGACUGAGAGGAACACAAGAAGAAGCACCCGGAUGCUUCCGUCAACUUCUCAGAGUUCUCCAAGAAAUGCUCAGAGAGGUGGAAGACCAUCCCCCCAAAGGGGAGACCAAAAAGAAGUUCAAGGACCCCAAUGCACCCAAGAAGCCUCCUUCGGCCUUCUUGUUCUGUUCUGAAUAUCGCACAAAAAUCAAAGGAGAACACCCAGGCUUUUCCAUUGGUGAUGUUGCAAAGAAUCUGGGAGAGAUGUGGAACAACACUGCGGCAGAUGACAAGCAGCCCUAUGAAAAGAAGGCUGCCAAGCUGGAGGAGAAGUAUGAAAAGGAUAUUGCUGCUUACAGAGCUAAAGGGAAACCCGAUGCAGCAAAAAAGGGCGCAGUCAAGGCAGAAAAGAGCAAGAAAAAGAAGGAAGAGGAAGAUGAUGAGGAGAAUGAAGGGGAUGAGGAAGAGGACGAAGAAGAGGAAGAUGAAGAUGAAGAAGAUGAUAAUAAUGAAUAA